CCAACUUUCAACUCUACCAUCCAGCAUAUGGAAACAUAAUCUCACCAGAUAAAAACAAAGCUAGCCAGCGAUGUGUAGUUUCUGAUAUGAUUAUCUUUAUUUUAAUAGUUAGCUAGAUAACUGUAAAUUAUCAUAACAUAGAAAACAUAAAAACUGUUUCGUUGAAAAGAGGCCGAAAGCGUCGGGGGACAAUGUCGAAUUCCGUGGUCGAGUUCCAGGGGCAGAUAGCCUCAAUCAUGGAGGUGCUAGCCAACGCUGCUGUAGCCGAAAUCUGCAAAAUUGUUGACGAUGGCUAUGCGGUUGUACACCUGAAAAUGUCCCAAAGCCACAAGGAGAACGAAUUUCUCCGGAGGAAAUUGAAAUUGAUGGAACUUCAGGUCGCCAGGUUUCGAUCAGAGAGAACAAAGUUUUCAGAGGGGUCCGUCCACAACCGCUUCCAUGGAAUACGCCUGCUAAACAGACACAACCAUCGAGAGAAGGCAACGACAGGACCUACUUGGCAAAGCAGAGCCAGACUUUCCAACAGGAGUUUUGGGAACAGCAGCAUACCAAGAGACAGACAGCCCAUAGACGUGGACCAAGAGGAUGUCUCUACAUCAAGGCAUAUGGAUGCUACAAGUGAUGAGCAGUCAGCAGAGACAGAGGAAGGGGAACCAGACCUGCUGAUCAUCAAGGAUGAGGGGGAAGCAGAUGACCAGGACUCUAGGAUCAGCCACCCAGCCAGAACAGUGGAGGGCAGCAGAGAGCUAACCACCCAACUGGCUGCUGCCACCACCAAGGAUCCCGCCUUCCAGCCCAGAGGUCCCAGAGGCAACAACUACAACACCGCUAUGGAGCAGUCAGCAGAGACAGAGGAAGGGGAACCAGACCUGCUGAUCAUCAAGGUGGAGGGAGAAGCAGAUGACCAGGACUCUAGGAUCAGCCACCCUGCCAGAACAGUGGAAGGCAGCAGAGAGCUAACCACCCAACUGACUGCAGCCACCACAGAGGACCCUGCCAUUCAGUCCAGUGGCCCCAGAGGCAACAACAACUACAUCAACACCGCUAUGGAGCAGUCAGCAGAGACAGAGGAAGGGGAACCAGACCUGCUCAUCAUCAAGGUGGAGGGAGAAGCAGAUGACCAGGACUCUAGGAUCAGCCACCCUGCCAGAACAGUGGAGGGCAGCAGAGAGCUAACCACCCAACUGACUGCAGCCACCACAGAGGACCCUGCCAUUCAGUCCAGUGGCCCCAGAGGCGGCAACAACUACAUCAACACUGCUAUGGAGGUCAGUGGAUCUGACGUCGUCUUCCAGUCAGAAACAGGAAAUGUGAACCAGGGACUCCAGCAGUACACAGGAUUUGAACCCAGAGCAGAGAGACCGAGUCUGGACACAAAGUGUGACAUGUACGGUGGCCUCAAUCUCCUAAGAGAUUCUUUAAACCAGAUGUGCAGAGAGGUAGUAGCGACUGAUAAUGGUGCCUCUGCUGCUCACACUAAAGUAAUGGACCUAGGGAGUGGCCCAGUGGGCCCAGAAACACAGACUAGCUCAGACAUAGAAAUGAGAAGUGUAGGGUUAGAAAACCACAGGUUUUCCCCCAAGUCAUUCCAUUCCUCAUCAGAACAUGUGAUAGUGAUUGACUCUGUAUCCAGUGGGCAGCAGGUAGAUAGAGAUUUUGAGUGGGGUCAGGUGGGUACAGCUAAUACACAGGUCAAUGGGACUGGAAAUAUGCAGGGAGAGGGAGUGUUUGAGAGGAACGCACCUACGAUGGCAAGCCUCCAUAGACACUCUGAAAUACCAGGAAGAGGAGUUCAACAACCAGCUCAUACCUCACUUCCUGUCGGCCAUUUUAGACAAAGCGCCACAACUUCAUCUCACUCGAGUAAUCUUGCCACACACGUUAGACCUGACACCAUAGAGCAAUUGUACAGUUGCCUGAGCUGCCAUAAGAAGUUUGUCCACGAGAGCGACUUGCGGCAGCACGCGGUCAUCCACACCAGAAAGCGGGCGUUCGCCUGCAACUUGUGUGAGAAGAGCUUUAUGUCCCGCACCGAUCUCCAAAUGCACCUGAAUGUCCACACUGGAGAGAAGCCAUUCAGUUGUGCACAUUGCGGGCGCAGGUUCUCCCACUCCAGCAAUCUGAAAAGACAUCAGAAGCUUCAUCAUUGAGAAAUUGGACCGAAGCAAGAAAUUCUUAUUGAAAAAAGCUGUUAUAGCAAUAUCAUGAGUUCAAACUUGAUUUGUUCUACAGUUCAUUCGGGAAGUAUUCAAUCUAUACACAUUACCCCAUAAUGACAAAGCAAAAACAGGUUAUACAUUUUUGCAAAUGUGUGUGAUAUAAAUUAACAAAUAAAAACUGGAAAUAUUACAUUUA